CGUUAAGAUGGUGAGCAACGUACGUUGAACUUGGACUCUUUCAGUCUUUCACUCAGUGCAUGAUUACCUGUUCUUAUCCGAGGCAAUAAAAUCUUCAGGCUCCAGCACGUCCAAAUUGAAACACGGGCCUUUUGACGAUAUGACAUCAGAAGCAGACCUCAAAGCCUUCAUUGACCGCCAUCGUGAACUACUCUCAAAGGAACGCAAUGCAGAGAUCGAGCGAAGCGCUCUGCUCCUCACAAACUGCGGUCCCAAACUCCUGGAGCAAAAAGGGCUCGCGCUGGGGAGUCUUGGUGUAGUUGGAAUCAAUAUAGGCCUAGGCGGGAAAACAUUAGUCGAACUGGAGCGGCCUACAGCGUUUCAUACUUCACAGACAUUUCCUCCUCAUAACUUCAGACCGGGAGACCUUGCUCGCAUCGAAGAGAAUGUAUCCUCGAAUGCUGCCGCCAAAAAAUCUGCGAAAAGUAAGAAGGCUGCAUCUGCUGGCGCUGAAAGUUCCCAUGCUGCAGAAGGUGUGGUAUACAAAGUGUCGGAUACCCGCAUCGUCAUUGCAAUGGACCCUUCAGAUUCUAGAUCAGACGAUUUGGACUUUCCUGAACGUUGUCGAGUGCUGAAGUUAGCCAAUAGCGUCACUUACGACAGAAUGAACAAAACACUGGACCAAUUGGAGAAAAUCGGCAUUCCUUCAUCGAGACAGUCCAGCGACAAAGGCGAUUAUGAGCUGACACCUCUCAUCCAAGUCCUACUCGGAAUAUCUCCACCCUCUGAAAGGACUCCUAUGGCGGAACUUAAGUUCUUUGAUGACUCUCUGAAUCCGAGUCAGCAACAGGCUGUCAAGUUCGCUCUUGAAUCCCCGGAAGUCGCUUGUAUCCAUGGUCCACCUGGGACAGGAAAAACACACACGCUAAUUGAAAUUAUACGUCAGCUCACCUCUCCUUCAGAGCAUGGGGUCAACGAGAAACAGAAGCGCAUCCUUGUGUGUGGCGCUUCCAACUUAUCUGUCGAUAAUAUCCUAGAGCGUCUUCUUGCCAUACCAUCCACUGAGAAGGGCAAGAGAACUCUCUUGGCAGCUACCCGCAUAGGCCAUCCCGCACGCGUGAUGGCUAAUCAGGGCAUCUUAGAAGCAACGCUAGAAGUGAAGGCCAACAAGAGUGAUCAAGCCGCGCUUGCAAAGGACGUCAAAUCUGAGAUUGAAUCAACCCUCGAUUUGCUUGCUGGGAAGGGGAAAGGCUCCAAGAAACCGAGAGGUUUAGAACGGAAGAAGAUGUGGGAAGACGUGAAGGCUCUCAGGAAGGAAUACAGACAGCGUGAAGGCGGAGUUGUCAAGACUGUCCUCGGGGAGUCUCAGGUUGUCCUUGCUACAUGUCAUUCCGCUGGUGGCAGGCAACUCCGUGACCACAAGUUCGAUGUAGUCAUUAUCGACGAGGCAACACAAGCGCUCGAAGCAGUGUGCUGGAUUCCGAUACUCAAGGCAAGAAAGCUCAUCCUGGCUGGCGAUCCGAUGCAAUUGCCACCUACGAUUCUCUCUAUUGACAAACAUGACAAGAAAACACCGAAGACUGUGACACCCAAAAAGAACGAAAGUACUGUGGAUGAUCAGAAGAAGUCGCAAGAGUCAGCAACAUCAAAGUCUCAGCUGCCCGAACCCGAAGAAGGCGAGGACGCCAGUCCUAGUGAUGCAGAUUCUGAAGCGGAAUCAGUCAAGGGAGAUGAAACCAUGGCACAAGACGCCACACUCGAAGUCUUCGGAGCAGGAUCACAGCAUAAUUUAGCUGAAAGAACUCAAAAGAAAACAAAGAAACGAACUGGCUUGCGACCACCUCGAACAUUAGAAACAACGCUCUUUGACCGACUCGAGAGGAUGUAUGGUCCAGAUAUAAAACGCUUGCUCAAUGUACAAUAUCGCAUGCACUCGCAGAUUUGCCAGUUUCCUUCCAAAACGCUGUAUGCGUCAAAGCUCGUGUCCCAUCAAUCUGUAAGAUCUCAUCUACUCAAGGAUCUACCCUCCGCCAGCGCCUUUACUGCCUCUGAAGAUGGGGACACCAUCAAAGAAACACUGGGAACGCCAGUCGUGUUUUUUGACACUGCGGGUUGCGAAUACUUUGAACGAGUAGAUGGAGAUGGCGACGAAGGCAGCCGCUGCAACGAGAACGAAGCAGUCGUGGUGUCAAAAUGGGUGGAAAGGUUGACGGGAGCUGGAUUGCUGCCAUCACAAAUUGCCCUAAUCACUCCGUAUCAAGCACAGGUCACUCUUCUCACUUCUUUGCUCAGACCAGUAUAUGGUCCUGAGCUUGAGAUUGGAACAGUCGAUGGGAUGCAGGGACGAGAGAAGGACGCUGUCAUUAUUAGCUUGGUGCGCAGCAACGACAAGCGCGAAGUCGGGUUUCUGAAAGAGAAGAGGCGUAUGAAUGUCGCCAUGACCCGAGCAAAGAGGCACUUGUGUAUUGUGGGCGACUCGUCGACCGUGAAGCAUGGCAGCACGUACCUGAAGAAGUGGCUUGCUUGGCUCGAGGCAAAUGCAGAUGUGAGGUUUGCGGAAUUUGAUUCCAUUUAAUCAUGGAUUUGGCCCCUGAAUAUUGAAUUUUGAAUGAAAUGAUCACAAUGUAGGUCACAAUUCCAGUGAUGUGGCGGUCAAGUGGCGGUACAAGGUUGCGUACAACACGAAUAUACAAUAUGAAUAGCCAGAGGAAAGACUCCCAAGAG